UUUUCCGGUUGCACAUACAAGUGAAGGUACGGGUUUUUCUCGGAGUAAAAGUUAUUUUUCGAAAUAUUAGCCGUAAAACUUCGCAAAUAAGAUGCCAGGAAUCACCGUUAAGGACGUCGAUCAGGACAAAGUUGUCCAGGGCGUUGCCCUCUUCUUGAAGAAGUCCGGCAAGCUGAAGGUGCCCGAUUACAUCGAUCUGAUCAAGACCGCCAAGUACAAGGAACUGGCCCCGUCCGAUCAGGACUGGUUCUACGUGCGUUGCGCAUCGAUCCUGCGUCGCCUGUACCACCAGAGCCCGGCCGGAGUUGGCUCGAUCUGCCGUAUCUACGGUGGACGCCAGCGUAACGGAGUUCGGCCGUCGCAUUUCUGCCGUGCCGAUGGCAGUGCCACCCGCAAGGCCGUGCAAGCUCUGGAACAGAUCAAGCUGAUCGAAAAGCACCCCGAGGGAGGCCGCAAGCUGACCAGCCAGGGACAGCGGGAUUUGGACCGUAUCGCGGCCCAGAUCGUGACCAAGCAGCGGGCUGCGCUGAAGAAGGAAGCCGCCACUCUUGUGCUGGCGUAAGGCGUAGUGAAGAAAAGUGUUUUCUGCGUGAGGAUGUAAGGAUGAUAAGUUAAUAUAACGAAAAAAAUUCCCAACAAACAACAGUA